UUUCGGUCGGGGAACGUCAACGUCGAUCUGGCCGCGGCUCGUGCGCGCGUUAGGAGCUCGAUAACGAGGAGAAGUCCCGCCCGGUCGGCACCCCCGCGGUCCAGGAACCCGUCCGGACCGCAGAGCCGGACUUCGCGGUCUACGGGAAUCGCAUUAACUCCGCUCAUCUCGCGCAGUGCCGUUAUCCCCGCGUCCUUCUCCCUCGAGGAGGUGUCGCCGGACGACUUCCGGUCCGCCGCGGAAUGAGAUCGGCCGCGGAUUGGCCCGGGAGCGCGGCCUGAUCGGGUCGCGACCGGUCGAGAUGGCGCACCGCGCGCCGCCGCUUUGAUCGCUCGCCAGUCGCGCCGAGGAUCCGGCAACGUCGGACCCGGGUCGCGUCUCGCGAGUGGCCUCGAUCUCCCGAUAGCCAGGUACUUGGAUCCGCGCAGAGUUCCAGGCCUUUAACCAGAGGGAGCGAGCUGGCCCACGGUGCAUCGAGGAAGAUGGGUACCCGGGCAGUGGCCGUAGGAGCAUCCACUGGAGCUGCAGGUGUAUCAGGUGAAGCAGGCCUAGCAGGUGUACCGAGGCUUCUGGAGGACUUGGCAAGACUAUCCGAGGACAAGGACACCGCUGACAUAGUCUUUCUCCUUGGAAGGGACGAGACUCCUGUAUACGCUCACAGAAUCAUUCUCCAGGCGAGAUGCAAAAACUUCACCGCUGCCAAAAGGAUCGGCACUGCCGGGAAUCCUACGCCAAUCAGAAUGCCGCACGCACAUCCGGAAACUUUUCGGCAAUUCGUCCAUUAUGUCUACACUGGGAAGGUUAUGCUUCAAGACAGUGGGAUCUUCGAGAUGCUGGGUCUUGCUCAAGAACUUGGAGUCGAAGAACUCUGGAGAAGCUGCGAGGAACACGUCUCGGCUACCCUCAGUCCUGGGAAUGCCUGUGCCCUUCUCACAGCUGCUCUGGAUGCUCAAGAACGUGUACCUGGUGGUAAAGGGGCCUGUUCGUCUUUCAUCGAACGUUGCUUCGCAUUCAUAUGUGAAAAUGCUGCGGAUACUGUAAAGACUACUGCAUUUCAUAAUCUGCCUAAAGAGGCUCUAAUAAAACUUAUAUCUUCGGAUUAUUUGGCCUUGGAAGAAGAAGAUGUCUGGAGAGCCGUCUUAAAUUGGGCAAAGUAUCAGGCUGGAGUGACGCAACCGACUCAGCAUUGGACUGAGGAGGAAAGAGCAAGAGUCUGUCAACACCUAUCGGGAGUAAUAAACUAUGUGCGAUUGCUGCUAAUAGAUAGUCAAGUUUUCGCAGAGGAAGUCGAACCAACUGGAGCGGUACCAAUAGAGCUAUCCUUGGAGAGGUACGAAUUUAUCAAUCCUGAUAAAUCAGCAAGCACAGAAUGUGCAAGGUACAGGUUCGCAGCAUUACCAAAUAAGUAUUCAGAGAUCUGCUCCGACAAGAGACUGCAGCCUAGAGUGAGUCCCUUACUCUUUCCCGGUUCUCAAAUCCUUUUAAGAGAUAAAAUAGGCUUUCAACGUUUGUUGAAUCAAUGGUUUGGUGUAUCGAAGCAGGUCUGGCGCUUAGUCUAUAGGGCAUCGAGUCAUGGUUACUCGGCAUCAGCUUUUCAUCGACACUGUGACGGAAUUUGCCCAACAUACGUGAUUGCUUUGGGAGCACGAGGGGAAAUAUGUGGGGGGUUUAGUGACGCUCCUUGGGGUAAGACAAACGCAAAAGGACAUUAUAUCUCUUCCGAGAAGGCCUAUCUCUUCACCCUUACGAACAAUCAAGAUGUACCACCGACGAAGUAUGACAUCGUAAAGAAGCCCUUCGCGAUUUGUUACCACCCUGAUAUAGGGCCGAUAUUUGGAGCUGGAGCCGAUCUGCUGAUAGCCAGCAACUGCAACGUCAACAUGGACAGCUAUAGUAAUCUUCCCCAUAGCUACGACGGCGAACACGCAUCCAAUACCGUUCUCAUGGGUGACUAUCACUUCUCCGUUCUUGACUACGAGGUCUUCACGCCGAAUCAUUCCGUAGCUAAGUCCAAUCAUUAAUUCCUAAAUGACUGUCGACGUCGAUCUCGAUACGUUCCUUGUAAAUAGAUUAAUAUGUUUGGUCGUAAGUCACAUGAUUUGAGGUGGCAUCUAAUGGAACCCCGUAAACCCGUGUCAUAAUUCUCGUAUAUUGUAAGUGUCGGUAGAUUCCCGAGGGACGGUUAUCUCGUGGAAUUUACUUAUAGCAUGCUCGGGCGCACCAUUUUUCUGGUACAAAUUUUUCCAUUUAAUAAAGUGUUUUGUAAGAGUCUUUUACCCAGGA